CUCGUAUGUCUGUCAAUGAGUCAUUUUAGGUAAAAUUAAUGUAUUGUGAUAUAAUACAACCUCAAAAAUUAACAGUUUUUUAGUUAAUAAUAGGUAAUUGACCUUAAAGACUAAUAGCGAAUUCAAUUGGAUGCAUUAUGUACAUCAAUGCCUUUGUACACUGUUCUAAUCUCAAUGCAAAAGUGAAAUAGCUGCCUAUCAACUGAUGCCUAAUACAUUAUGUACCAAAUAAUGCUAUUAAGAAUUUCACGGUUUAACCCUUUUUUGUAUUUAUAUUAAAAACACAUCUUUACAUCAAUUUGUGUGUACAACAGACCCACUAGUGCGUCUAACCGCAUUUGCUCUAUAUAAUAUAUAUUUUUUAAAAACAAUAGAUUUGUAGCUUCCUCAAUUUAUUGCUAGAAGGCAGAAGUAUUGCUUGUCUUCUGAUCAAAUUCGCAAUGAUUGUUUAUAAAAACGAGAUAUUUUCAUUAGAGUUAAGUAAUUGUCAAGAAAUAAUGUUGGUGUUGAAAUAAAAAAAAAUCGUUGCUUCAAACUGAUUUUUAUACUGCAGUAUAAUAAAGUAUACUAAUAUGAAGUAUAUACCGAUUAUUUGCGAUCCGCACAGGUGGAUGCGAGACUUAUUUAUAACAGGCUCCAAGCGUGAUUUGGAAAUAUCUGAUAUUUAUAGACCAAUUAAAGCAAACGAAUCCGAAAAACUGACUGAUCAUCUCGAGAAAUACUGGAACCGUGAGCUAAAUAAACUGAAAUACAUCGUGGGCAAAGACGGGCAGAAGGUGCCGCUCAAGAAGGACGCCCGUCCCAGAUUAUACAAGGCGAUCUUCAAAGCCUUUUGGUUACCAUAUUUCGCAAUCGGAAUCUUCGCCUUUAUCGAAUGCAGCGUAAUACGCGUGAUAGUACCAAUCCUUCAAGGUUGGAUCAUCGACUACUUCGCAAAAGAUCCCACCUUGAAAUACAAAAUAAAGAUAAACGAGGUGCUGAUCUAC